CAAGCCGAGGACAGGUCACAGACACCCCGCGCCCUGAACGCGUCUCCACGGCUCAUUCCUCACGCGUCUGAAGAAGUUUGGGAUAAGUUCGAGUCGAGCCCUGAUCUCAGCUCCCCGACCCGGGACAUCUGGACUUUAAGUGUCAGAGGUCUGAUCGUCUCACCUGUCCCAGCCGCUCCCGGUCCUCGGUGCGUCGCGUCCGGCCAGCAGCGGCCCCAGAUUAUUCCAGAUCCAGUGGAUUCCAGCUGUGACCGUCCAGAUGAAGAUGAAGAUGAAGCAGCUCGGAGCUUCGUGUGGAUUCGUUCUGUUGAACCUGCUCGUCCUCGCCGCCGCCCGACCGAAGACAGGUCCUGAUCAGAAGUGUCAGUCCGGUCCAGUGGAUCUGGUUUUCCUCAUCGACAGCUCGCGCAGCGUCAGGCCCCACGAGUUCGAGACCAUGAGGAAGUUCAUGAUCGACAUCCUGGACACGCUGGACAUCGGACCCAACGCCACCAGAGUGGGCGUGGUUCAGUACUCCAGCCAGGUCCGCAGUGAGUUCUCCCUGAAGACGCACAUCAAGCUGGACACGAUGGUGAAGAACAUCAAUGACAUCGUUCCCCUCGCUCAAGGCACCAUGACGGGGCUCGCCAUCAAGUACGUGAUGAACGCAGCCUUCAUCGCGGAGGAGGGGGACAGGCCCAAGGUCCCCAACGUGGUCGUGAUCGUGACCGAUGGACGUCCUCAGGACCGCGUGGCCGAGGUGGCGGCGGAGGCCAGAGAGAAAGGCAUCGAGAUCUACGCUGUGGGCGUGGCCAGGGCCGACAUGACAUCACUGAGGGCCAUGGCGUCCCCGCCGUUUGAGGACCACGUCUUCCUGGUGGAGUCCUUCGACCUGAUCCACCAGUUCGGACUCCAGUUCCAGGACAAGCUCUGUGGUGUUGAUCUGUGUCUGGAGUCAGAUCACGGCUGUGAACACGUCUGUGAGAGUUCACCAGGCUCCUACCACUGUGUGUGUCUGCCUGGGUACACACUGAAGGCCGACGGGAAGACGUGUGCAGCCAUCGACCUGUGCGCUGAGGGGAAACACAACUGUGAACAGAUCUGCAUCAGCUCCCCUGGUUCCUUCACCUGCGACUGCAACAAAGGAUUCACACUGAACGACGACAAGAGGACCUGCUCAAUGAUCGACUUCUGUUCGUUUGGGAACCACAGUUGUGAUCACGAGUGUGUGAGUGUGCUCAACGGCUAUCACUGCCGCUGUCACGAGGGCUACAGGCUGCUGGACGACGGCAAGACCUGCCAGGCCAUUGACCUGUGCGCUGAGGGGAAACACGACUGUGAACAGAUCUGUGUCAGCGCCCCGGGCGUCUUCAGCUGUGACUGCAGAGAAGGACACACACUCAACGAGGACAAGAAGACCUGCACACCCAUUGACCUGUGUGCUGAGGGGAAACACGACUGUGAACAGAUCUGCAUUAGUGCACCCGGCACCUUCACCUGCGACUGCAACAAAGGAUUCAAACUCAACAAGGACAAGAAGACCUGCACAAACAUGGACCUGUGCAGCAGCGUGGAGCACGGCUGUGAGCACCAGUGUGUCAGUACUCCUGGAUCCUUCUACUGUGUGUGUCCAGAGGAGCAGCUGCUGCAGGAGGACGGCAAGAGCUGCGGCACCUGCAAGUCGGCCAACAUCGACCUGGUGCUUCUGAUCGACGGCUCCAAGAGCGUCCGCCCUCAGAACUUUGAGCUGGUCAAAAAGUUCGUCAACCAGGUUGUGGACUCCCUGGACGUGUCCACUCACGGCACCAGAGUGGGUCUGGUCCAGUACUCCAGCCGGGUCAGGACAGAGUUUCCUCUCAACAUGUACCACUCUGCUGAGGAGAUCAAAGCUGCAGUGAUGAAGGUUGAGUACAUGGAGAAAGGGACGAUGACGGGUCUGGCCCUGAAGCACAUGCUGGAGAACAGUUUCUCCGAGGCCGAGGGCGCUCGUCCCGCCAGCCGCAACAUCCCCCGCAUCGGACUGGUCUUCACAGACGGACGCUCCCAGGACGACAUCACCGAGUUCGCCAAGAUGCCCAAAGAAGCCGGCAUCACCAUGUACGCUGUGGGCGUGGGGAAAGCUGUGGAGGAGGAGCUUCGUGAGAUCGCGUCCGAACCCGUGGAGAAACAUUUCUAUUACACCAGCGACUUCACGGCCAUCAGCACCAUCGCUGAGAACCUCAAGCUGAACGUCUGUCCAGAGGAGAGUCAGGGGGAGAUCGAGGUGAAGGACCCGUGUGCCUGUGAGAGUCUGGUGGAGUUCCAGCAGGCCACCAUGAGCAGCCUGGAGCAGCUCACACAGAAACUGGCUGGGAUGACUGCUCGUCUGGAGCAGCUGGAGAACCAGCUUCUCACCAGGAAGUGACCAGGACGCCACAGAGGAAGAAGGAAGGAGUGAGGAAGAGGAGGAAGAGGAGGGCACAUCCUGGAGAGAUCCUUUAGAGCAGGAAUCAGAAAUCCCUUCUAAUCAAUGGACCAUCCAGUGUUUCCACGAAGCCUUGGGGGCCUUCAGUAGAUCUGCUGAUCUUCACCUUGAUGAGGACCACAUUUAUCUGACAGCUUGUGAUUAGGAUUCACUUCUCUGGUAAAGAUGUAAAAAAUAAAUCAUUUGUUUACUUAUUGCCUUUAAAAGACAACAGCGACAACAAUCUACGAUUCAAAAUAAACGUUUGUAUAAAAUAGAUGAAUAUUAACAACACUGUGCAACUUUUAUUGACCAACAGCGCCCCCUGCGGCCACAUGAGGUGAUUGACUCUGUUUGGGUCUGUGUUCGAGCGAAGACACGAGUCCCACUCACUGAACUGAAAUAUUACCCAUGAUCCUCUGCUUCCUGAACCUGAAGAGCUGCAGCUAUAACAAAUCUUCAUGUUUCACAGUUUCCUGCUGAAUCUUGGAGAUAAACUCUGGUUGUUAAUAACUUCAGAGUGUUUGUAACUGAUCUCAGUUCAGCUUCACUCUUCAGCUGCAGCUGGUUGUGUCUGUGACUCUCAGUCAGUUGUUCUCUCAGGAGAUGGAACCCACUCAGCAGAGUCACAGAGAACAGAGGCUCAGGGAGAGAAGGAGGAAACUUUCUCUUGUUCACACUCACACAUCAGACUCACUUUCACCAAGCUGCUGCUUUCAGGUGGAAAAGUUGCAUAGUGUUGAUUUAAAUGCAUAUUUGUGACAAACUACAGUUUCCAUGUGUCAUCCAACAAUCAGAGAAAUCCUCCAGACAUCUACUCGUACAUCAUCAGAUACAAACAGGAGCAUAGACGUGUUGGAGUCUUUGUGAACUGGAUGUAAUCGAUGUAGAUAUUAGAAAUAAACAUAAAGAGAAAACCAUGAGCAGCAGUUUUCAACAGUCACCAACCCUCCAUCUGUUUCUGUUAGUUCCCUAUUUAUACUUGAUCUGUUUUCUACGCUUUGUUAAAUAUGAUGUAUUUAUAGCAUUUUUUUUACCAACAGUAGACUAGUGAUUAAAGAAGUCGGGGGGGGGGGGG